CAAAAUUUCAAAACAUAAGUUUUUGUCAAACAAAAAGUAUAAUAGAUCAAGAUAUCAACUUAACACGAUAAAAUUAUAAAAUUGUAAAGAAGAAAGCUAACCUGUAUGAAUGAAAUGGAAAAAUUUAGGGAAUUCAAUAACAUAUUUAAUCAAGUAUCUAAACCAAAUAAAGAUUUAAUAGCAAAUUCAUAUUAAAAUUCUUUUUAGUAAUUGAAAGCUAUUAAUAAUUAAACUAACGGGAGGAUAACGCAGUAAAAAAAAGUGCACUCUUUUAACUCUGUUUCUUAAUUUGUUGAGGGUUAAAAUGCGUAAACUAAUUUUAUGAAUAACUCAAUCACCAGAAAUUUUUUCUAAGACAGAGGAUAAGCUUUUUAGAAGCAAACACCAUUCUUUACUCCAUAAAAAUUAAUAAAUAAAUAAGCAGUAAAUAAUAGCGAUAGCUCUUUUUAGCUUUAAUAAUUAUUAGGUUAAUAAUCUUAAAAUAUUAAAUUCAAUGAAGGCAAAUUAAUAAAAUAAUAAUAAUAAGAAAAUAAAUAUUUACCUAAAAGAGAUGAACCAGUCUUGAUUCCUAGCCAAAUUUCAAGUGUUAGAUCCUAUGGAAAUAAUGGUCUUUCUGAAAACAUAUAUGUAAAAAAAAGUAUCUCAAUAGAAAAUCAAAGUUAAAACAACUAACUCUAAUCAAGUUCAAACAGAGAUUAAAGUAAAUAAUAGUAAUAAAUGAAUUAAAAUGAAUAAAUAUUUUUUUCAGAAAGAGAGAUACAAUUACCUCCUAUAAGUAAUACAAAGUUAUCCUAAUUUAGCAACAGUAGCAAAAAACAAAAUAUAAUCCCUUAAACAACUUGCAAGACAGAACCUGAUAUUAUAAAUAACCAACCAAGUCAAGAAAUAAUUAAAAAUUCAAGUUAAUUGAUUAAUAAUAUGAAUUAAGAAAAUUUGAAGGACUGGAUUUAAGGAAAGGAUAAUUAAAAUUAAUAACCAGUUCUAGCGAUAGAAACUAAAAGGGAAUUAUCUAAUGAUAAUCAAACAUUUAGAGCUCAAAUUUUAAAUUCUCCAUAAUCAAAAUUAUAAAAUAAUUAAAUUCCGUCAUUUAAAACAUUAAAUACUCAUAGACGUUAUUUAGACCGCAAAAAUUCUAAAGAACAAAAAAAUUACAAUUCUUAAGAUUUCUCAGAUUAUUUAUCUUCAUCAUAAGAUAAUUUUCAGACAGUAGCUUCAAAAUUAUUGUAAAAUUAAUUUGCAAAUUAACCAUCUCAGUUUAAAUAAAAUCCAAAUGUUUACCAAAAUUAAAAAGAAAGCCUUACAUAAUAAAAACAGAUUGAAAAUUAAAUUUCACCCUCUAAAAACGCUUUAUAAAAAAUACUAUUUACAUCUACUCAAAAACCAUCUUAAUAAUUAUCUUCUCCAAUAGAUAUGAUAAUUUAACAAAAGAAAAAUAUUUAUAAAUAACGCAAAAACAAGCUUUAAUCUUGGAUGAAUGAGCUUAAUAGUGAAUUAGGUGGAUCUUUGUUAGGUGAAUCAACAGAAAAUCAAAAUAAUAAUGAAAGUAAAAUCUAAAUACAACAUGAUAGCUAAGAUAAUGAAAUUGGGUCAUAAAAUUAUUAAUAAAAUUUAAUAUUGUAAGAAAAUAAAUAAUCAGAAACAAAGUAGAUAAAAGAUACUAAAUUACCUUAAUUUUCUUUAAUUGAGAAUAACUAAUAUUUAAUAGAAUAAUCUGAAAAUACUAUUAAACAAGAUUAAAAAGAAUCUAAUAAGCCAAAUUAAAUACCAACAGAGAGCAAUAUCUCUAAUAACUUCGAAAAUAAAGAUAAAAGGUAUUCGUUAAAUGCCAUUUAGUAGAAAUCUUCUUCUUUUAACAAUUAAUUUUAGAAUUAACAAGUGAAAGAAACUGAAUAAAUAAAUAAAAUUAUUCAGCAUCGACAUUUUAGUGAACCUAAGCUAGGAUUAAAUUUUUAACAGGAGAGCCAAGAUUUGAAUUAAAAUCAAUAAAAGUAGAAUUUGCUUGAAAAUUAAACACCAUAAAAAACAGAUGCCAAAAAAUAUGUUAUAAGAGUAAUUAAAAAUGAUAAUAUCUCAGAAGACAACUAUAAUUUUUAGAAUAACAGUCAGUCAAAAUAAAUUAAUAUCAAUAAUAGAAAUUCUACUGGAAAAUCUAAUAAUAAGUUAGUAAAAAGUAUACUUAAAAAGCGAACAGCUUCACUUAAAACUUUGUCAAAUAUAAGUGAUUUUGGUGAAAAUGAAGAAACAAAAUCAAACAAAAAAAUAUAUUCUUCUAAAAACUUGUUUAGCUCACCACCCAACAGCGAAAACAGUAUUUAAUGUAGUACAAAUAGUUAAACCUUUGAUAUUUCACCGAAAAAAGCAUUAAAAAUACAUAAGAGAGUUAAUUUUCAAGAGAAAGUCUCAGUAAUCGAUAUGAGGACUAAGGAAUUGAGUACAACAACAAUUACCAAAUAGUAAAUUGAUGCUCAUAAUGAAGAAAUUAAGAGAAAAUAAAAGUAGGAGUUUUUAUGA